AUGACUCAGUGGAUCAUUGACACGGAGGUCAAGCUCCGCACCCCCAUUGUCAACCUCACCACCACUCCUUCCUCCUCCACCUCCCUCAAUGCCACGCAGCUGCGCAACCAGGGUGGUCGCAACGGCGACGGAAGGGGUAGUGGAGGGGGUGGAGGUGGUGGUGGUGGUCGGGGUGGUGGCGGUGGUGGUGGUGCUCGUCCUAGUGGUACCACUCCUGGAGGUUCCUCUGGGGCCAGUGGAGCUUGUCCCUGA